CUUCCUGUACUUGUUAGAACGACUGCCGGAAGUGACUGCGGACGAAUCGGCGUUUGCCGAGGGUGGCAUAGAUUUGGCUGUCUCCGCUCAUAGCUGCUUUUGGCGCGAAAGAUGCCGGGUCUGGUUGACUCAAACCCUGCCCCGCCUGAGUCUCAGGAGAAGAAGCCGCUUAAGCCCUGCUGCGCUUGCCCGGAGACCAAGAAGGCGCGCGAUGCGUGGUUUCAUGGUCGGGUCUCUGUUGACUUAUCCCGUAGCUUAGUCCCGGGAAACGAUGGAGAGAGAGGAGAACGGCAAGCUUUAACCACUCAUUCCUUUCUACAAAUUAUCAUCGAGAAAGGAGAAGAACACUGUGGACAUCUAAUUGAGGCCCACAAGGAAUGCAUGAGAGCCCUAGGAUUUAAAAUAUGAAAUGGUGGUCUGCUGUGUGAAUAAAUAAUUCCUGAAGAAUGAAGAAGAUUAAGUUUGGGAGUUCUUUGAUGAACAUGGAUAUGUGGAAAAAGUAUUUAUAAUUUAUUGUAAGAAGAAAGUAAAAUAUUACUAGUGGAA